AAAGGACCUCUCCACGUAGGCAGAUAACACUUUCUCAUACUUCCAUGUCGCUGGUCGAGCUGCACGUCGAGCUACCCGCCUAUGCUCACUCAUUCACGGUCAACGUUGACAGUGGGUCCACAAUCUUGGCAGUCAAAGAGCAGAUCCAGGCAGUUUGUACAGGCCGACCUCGUGUUGAUGGACAGAGACUCAUUUGGCGAGGCCGAGCAUUAGCUGACCACGAGAGGCUUGAUGCCAUUUGGACCUCCCCUGAUGAAUCACGUAUCGUUCAUCUGGCGGUUCAUCCUACGGCUUGGUCAGAUUCGCCCCCACUGGUCCCAAGAACAGAAUCUUCAAUUUCCCCUGCUUCGCUCGCAUCGUCUUCAGUUGGCCAGCUUCUUCGUUCAGUAUCAGAAGCUCAAUCGUGGACUCUUCCUUCACGGUCGUCGUCACUGGGAUAUGUGAUCUUCCAGCACCGCAAUGCGCUGCUCGCACUUAUGCAGUGUGAUGUCGUUCGAAUGUCACAUCCAACCACGCCGCGGAGGGAGGCUGUGAGAUAUCUUGCUAGUCAAGGCUGGUCGUGGCCACCUAUCUUUGACGCAGACUAUCCCCCUCGUACUUCUGGUGGCGUGAGGUACAAGCCAGUUAUCCGAGAAGGGAAGAAUUACUUGAGCUUGGAGGAUUCAUCGCAAGUCCCUACUGCGACACAGCAGCAUGCGCUUAAAGUUCUGUCUUAUACGCUCUCCAUCCUGAAAUCAGAUGCCAUCCCCGUGCCAACACGCACCGUUUCUCAGACAACGCAGCAUGAUACCAUUCCUCCCCAAGUUACUGCGCUUCUACAGCAACUUAGGCUUCUGAAUGGUACUAUUCAGAACCCUCAGAAUGUCGUCUUAAAUGAUGUACCCGUGGGUAACCAGAUGCCAGCACCUCCAGAACUUCCCCAACUUCAAAUACGCCCUUUCUUACUGCCCCUCACAUUCCUUUUACUGCGAACACUGUUAUUGCUUUACUUUUUUGCACCUGCGCGGAAGCCGUUCAUUGGCAUUUUGAUAAUGGGAUGGGCCCUCUAUGAAAUAUGGACUCGACAUGGUUUUAACAGAUGGAUUGCCCCUGUGGCUGAAGAUCAACGGCCCGCAGCUGGAGAUGCAGCACCUGCUGAUAACCAGGUUAAUCGUCCACCUGCAGCGGUUGUCGCUCCAGGUGCUGCUGCUGCUGAGGUCGGAAGAGUAGACGGAGCACAAGUACCCUCUAUGGGAGUAUUGGAUACCCUCGCCAAUCUAAACAUACCAAAUGAGGAACGUAUGCUUGAGGGAACAGUAACAGAGCCUCCUACGUUUGGUCAGAAAUGCAUGACGUUCAUGAUGCUGCUGGUGACGACAGUUCACCCCGCAGUUUGGGAUAGACGAAGAGCUGUUCUACGCCGGCGAGAAGGGCGAAUACGGACGGAAGCCAAUGCGAUGGAGGUACGGGGUGACGGUGAAGAUACGGAAGAAAAUCGACGUAGAGAGCAGCGACGCGAAGAACUCGCUGCUCAACAUGCGCGUCGACCUGGAUGGGUGCGGCAAUAUGUACGACGCGUCGUUGCGAACGACUGGGUGGAUGAUGAUUAAUGAUAUCGAUGGUAUCUAGAAAUUUGUACGAUAAACUGAGUGGAUGGGUCAUUGCAUGUUGAAACGGUAGACAAAGCCCUGCCAAGCUACACCCAGACUCUGCAUACUUAUGAGCUUGCAUUUCUGUCAUUAUGUCUACAUGAAUAGCAGAAGGUAUAAUUUGUACACUACUAUAUAAGCAAGGACACAGAUCACUAUUUUAUAAUCUCGACAAUAGUUGUAUCAGUUGUAUGGCUCUCAGUACACCUCGAGUACAUAUCGCUCCUCUUCCUUGAGACUUUCAAGAUAU